CCUCUUCGCCCAGAGAUAUGAAAGUCACUAGGACCCAGGGAACGACGAAGCUGGUAAGCUGAUUCCCCUUCUAGCCACCCACACCAAUGCUAGCCAUCUCAGCCCAUUCUCAAGCAGGAUCAGAAACUCCCAGAGAAGAAUGGUGAGUACCAGGGCGAGUACGAUCAACGUAUGAUGUACGAGAAGCUCGAGAUGACGGAGACGAAAGCGCCAAAAGUAGUUGUAAAGCUGCCGCCCAAGGAGAAGAUAGGUAUCAAAAAAUCCAAAGUUGUUGCAAAGGCUCCAUUCAAGAGUCGCAAACCAUUUGUGCUAGUGUUGGUGGACGACCACGGUAAGAGCUUUCAUGAGAGCCUUAUCAAAGCAGGAGACCCUGGAGGCGACUUGGCCGCUCAGCAUAUAAACGCUGCCGUGGAAGAGAGAAUGCAUAAGCUCCCCAACUCAUCUGGUAACUACGACAUCGUGGUACGCGUGUAUGCAAGCGUCAACGUGCUACGAAAAACACUCGGCCCUAAAGAUAGCAUAUCGUUAGACCGAUUCAUUGACUCGUUCAAUGCUUUCCAUGCUCUCUUCCACUAUAACAAUGUUAGCCCAGUUAUGAAGAAGAUUCAGAAGGUCAAACAGACCUUCAAGCAGUCAUUAGAUGACAGUCAAUGCAAGCACAUCUUCUUUUUCGGCGGCCAUCCGUACUACGAACUACUGCGAUCAAGCAUAAAGAGAACGGACCGCGUUACACUGGUCGCAUCCACAUACCUGGAUUCCGAACCAUGUCUUCUUGGGUUGAACAGCUUUGCUUUUGAGAAGGUGUUCCGGGUACAAAAACCCAAAGAGUGCCCACACUACAAGAAGGGGAAAUGUUACUGGGGCAAAAAAUGCAGAAUGUUCCAUCCUCCAGCUCAAUCUCUUACUGCUCAAUCUCCUCCCCCACCAAACUCCGGCAUCAAGCUUGAUCGUCCUGACCACCCCAAAACCUCCCCUAACCUCCAAAACCCCAACCUCAUUCCUCUCAACGCCUCCAGCCACCGUCUAGAUACCCAUCUCUUCAUUUCAAAGGCCACCCUCGACGCCCUCUACGCCAAGGCUGGCGCCCACGGCAAUCCUUGUCCCGACCUCCACUUCCGCGGCGCCUGCAACGCGCCGACCUGCCCCCUCGACCAUGACCCCCUUACCCCCGAACUACUAGAUGAGAUGCGGUAUUGCGAGCGGAAACAGGAGUGCGAUAUGAGAGGGGCGUGUAGGUCGAUCACGUGCUUGAAGGGCCAUGCGUCGCUGACGGGGGAUCGGGAGGUUACGGAGUGGGGUAUGCCGGAUAGGGUUGAAGGGCCAGAGGGGGUGGAUUGGAAUCCGCCCGAUCGGAAGCCGCGGAAUCUGGUUGACCUGCUGUCUGGAGAGGAUUGCUGUGUUGAGAUGGCUGGUGAAGGACCGCUCGAUACGUGGGACUUGCAAGGGGAGGACUUGAUAUUUUUUGGGGAUGUAGAGGAUGUGGAGAACGGAGGGGAAGGAGUAGAGAGGGUUGAUAAGGGUGUGGUGGAAUCUAAGGUGGGCGAGGUGGGUAAGGAGGCUGGCAUGGCGUAUGAUAUCACGAUGAAAUUUGCACUUUCGGGGAAGGAGGCUGGUGAGCUGGAUCGUAGGAUGAGGUCGAGGGGUUGCUUGGAUCCGCCUCAGUGGUGAACGGGGCUUAGAAUGGCGAUUGAUCUUGGAUGAGGGUGGACGGGGAUGAAAAGUAGACCAGGUGUGGCUUUGGGGAUGCUACGUGCUUUGGUUUUGAGGAAAUUUGUGGAUCUCACGAUGAUAUACAGAAGGUGCUAUCACGAUACUAUAGAAAAUUUCAAUUGGUUGACUU